CUGGCGUCCUUUUUCGCGUGGAUGGGCCGCAAACAUCCUGCCUGCAGCACGGCCAACGCGUCGAACCUCGUGGCCGACACGGUCACCGAUGCCUUUCCCGACGAUUCUGUGGUCGGGAAAACAGAGCUAUGCUCUCUGUGGGCUGGAUACGGCAGCAUCUACCGCGUCAGGUUGAGCUCGGGCGUGUCGGUUAUUGUCAAGCACAUUUCGCCACCGCAGAACGACACGCUCUCUGUCUCCAACGCCCGCAAGGUCCGGUCAUACCAAGUCGAGGGGUACUUUUAUGGCCACCUGUCCGCGGCAUCUACGUUGCCGCGCUUGCCUCGGACGCAUGCGGUCGUGUGUGAGGACGGCUCGUUUUGUUUCGUCCUUGAGGACUUGUCGGUGGACUUUCCUAAAACAUUCCAUUCCCUUGGCGGCCCAACCCUCCGCGCUGCCCUCUCUUGGCUCGCCCGUUUCCACGCCGCGUUCUGGAACUACAGCGACGAUGGCGUCGCUGACAACGGCGGGUACUGGUAUCUGGCCACUCGGCAGGAAGAGUUUGAGGCGCUGGGGAACGAUGAGUUGUCCGUCAAGCUGCGUGCUCAAGCGGCAUCCAUUGACCAGCGAUGUCGAGACCCUCGAUUCGAAACACUCUUGCAUGGCGAUGCCAAGUCGGCCAACAUGCUGUGGCGCGAUGACACAACGUGUGCAUGGGUCGAUUUUCAAUACGUUGGUCGGGGGCUCGGCGCAAAGGACGUCGCGUACUUGCUGUGCUCGAGCGGAGGGCGGUCCGAAGUGGCCAACUACGCAGACGACUUGUUGCGGUGGUACUUCGACGAGUUUGAAGGGGCGAUGGCAUCGAAUGGUCGAAACAGCGGCGGCUACACAUGCGAUCUGUUCCGCAGUCAUUUCGACUGGUGCCUGCUCGACUACGUGCGGUUUAUGGCUGGAUGGGGCUUCUGGGGCAACUACGACUGGGCCAUCCGACGAACCAAGCCCUUGUUAGCUUAAAAUUGCUCUCAAUAGUACGAUUCGGCGU